AUGGCUGCUCCCAUUUCGACACCGGCUACCUUGAUAGAGUCCACAUCGGCAACCAGAGUCAAGUUAGAAUCAGCUUCCGCUCAGUGUACCAUGACUACUUCUCUUUCAGCCGCGACUACUUUAGCGGGAUCCACGUCGGCAACCAGAGUCAAGUCAGAAACAGCUUCCGCCCCAACUUCUAAACGUAGAUCGCGCUACAUUCAGCGCCGGCUCGAGAGGAAACACCAAGAGAAAGAGGCCACUCGCAAUAAACGGAAAAGGGCAAGAAAGGAGCUUGCUGAUCACCGUGAUCGCAAAAUCAGGUUACGCCAAACUCAGGAAAGCGAGGAGCAGACUCUUCUAGCAGAGAAGAAGCGUCUUCAGGACAUAGACAAGGAGGUCAAGGAAGCUCAGGCUAAGUACCAGUCGGAGAAAAAAAUAGUCGAUGCCAUGCAAAAGUCCAUUAAUCAGAUAAAGCGGGAAAUUGCCAAGACAGAGGGAUCUAUCAGUGAUUGUGAGGCCGAUUUACAGUGGCUGGAGAAAGAGCUGGAAAGCGGACUGGAAAGCGAGACCGCCGAAGUCACUCGCCAAGCUGACAUACUGGACAUGAACUCUGCAGAAAUCGAAGCUCUGGCGACCUAUGCGGCCAACAACAGCGCCUUUGGGAACAAUAUUGCCAGAGCCGCUCAGGAUACAGCAACUCCAGCCAUGAUCAGAGAUAUCAGAAGCGAGAUGUAUGACAUAAUGACAGGGGUAACUCCGGAUGAGUUCAGAGAGUUAAUGGAGAGGGUCCUGUCUCUAAAGGAAGCAUUAUUGAGUGAGGAUAUGGCCGAGUAUACCGAUGGCGACGAAGAUGGCAACGAAGGUGGUUUCGAAACUGGAGACGGCAAAGAAAGUGGCAGCGACACUGUUGAUCCGGAGGCAAGCGACGAGCAUGAUGAUAUGAUCAUCACAUCCCGUCGGCAUGCGAGCCGGUCAUUGAGCCAGCCACGUCGCAACGAGGAAAUAGGCCCGAGUAUCUCGUACAACGAGCGCGACAUCGAGAAGCAGUCCUUGCCGCAGGAGAACGAACGGCCGCCUCGUCGAUUACUAUCUUUGAAAGCCAAGCCAGAAGAGAGCCUUGCCGAACACAUUGUGGAGCGCGGGGCGACGGACGAAGCAGCAUCCAGAGCGAAAGAAUGUGAAGUUUUUAUUUCUUUGAAGAAGAACCCCGUGGGGGAGACCAACAAGAAACAACCCAAGACCACAAAUCUAGAGCUCAAGGGGUUGAGCACCUUCGCCAGCACAGCCUCUGAGCAGACCUGCACACCGCCAUUGCGCAACGACGAACGCCACUCCGCAGGCAAGAAACGGAAAAUGAUCCUGUCCGAAGUCCUGGAUCUCAUGUCCAAGAGAACAGAAUGCUGA